CGUCCAAGUCCCGGCUUCCGCACCCCUGGGAGCCGGGUGGCCGGGACCGCGACUUCCCGGAGACCUCUCUGCGCCCCCUGGAGCCGCGCCGCCCGCGCCCAGGGUGGUGCCAUGUGGGGCGGACGCCGCUCGCCCGCCGCCUCCCCUCCGAACGCCGCUUCGCUCCUACAGCUGCUGCUGGCCGCGCUGCUGGCGGCGGGGGCGCGGGCCAGCGGCGAGUACUGCCACGGCUGGCUGGACGCGCAGGGCGUCUGGCGCAUCGGCUUCCAGUGCCCCGAGCGCUUCGACGGCGGCGACGCCACCAUCUGCUGCGGCAGCUGCGCGUUGCGCUACUGCUGCUCCAGCGCCGAGGCGCGCCUGGACCAGGGCGGCUGCGACAACGACCGCCAGCAGGGCGCCGGCGAGCCCGGCCGGGCGGACAAAGACGGCCCAGACGGCUCGGCAGUCCCCAUCUACGUGCCAUUCCUCAUCGUUGGGUCUGUUUUUGUCGCCUUCAUCAUCUUGGGGUCACUCGUGGCUGCUUGCUGCUGCAGAUGUCUCCGGCCCAAGCAGGAGCCCCAGCAGAGCCGCGCCCCUGGAGGGAACCGCUUGAUGGAGACCAUCCCCAUGAUCCCCAGCGGCAGCACUUCGCGAGGGUCCUCCUCCCGCCAGUCCAGCACAGCGGCCAGCUCCAGCUCCAGCGCCAACUCAGGGGCCCGGGCGCCCCCAACAAGGUCCCAGACCAACUGUUGCUUGCCCGAGGGGACCAUGAACAACGUGUAUGUCAAUAUGCCCACAAAUUUCUCUGUGCUGAACUGUCAGCAGGCCACCCAGAUUGUGCCCCAUCAAGGGCAGUACCUGCACCCCCCAUAUGUGGGGUACACGGUGCAGCAUGACUCUGUGCCUAUGACCCCCGUGCCCCCUUUCCUGGACAGCCUACAGACGGGCUACCGGCAGAUCCAGGCCCCCUUCCCGCACACUAACAGUGAACAGAAGAUGUACCCAGCUGUGACUGUGUAACUCAGGGUGCCGGCCGGGUCCCUUUACGAGACCGAGGAGCCCAGGGAAGCUGUGGACUUGGAAAUGAUUCUCUAAGAGGAAGUUCUCCCACCUUGCUGGUGCAGACAGCCCCGUUCUUUUGGAUGACUUCAUUUGGCCCCCAAGUGUAUGAAAACACCUCUUCCCGAAUUAGCCUUUCUGCGUACGUUUCAUCCCAGUGCAUGAUCAAUUUAUGAUGGAAAAAAGCAUCACUUGGAGAUGACUGUGUUGUUGCCCUUGGUUGUGUGACAGAUCAAGGCCUUAAGUGCCCUGGAAUUAUGGCUGUCAGAGGAGUUUUGUAACUGGGUAGACUAAGGGGUUUUAUUAUAUCCUUAUUAGUGUUUCUUUUUUGUUUUUUGACAAAGGUCAAACACAGGUCAGAACACCUGUUCCCUCCCCUUGACCUGGGGAAGAUUCUUAUAAGCAUCCAAGUUUCAGGGGAAGACCUAAAGAACAGAACUAUGAUGAAAGGACAGCCAGUUGGAACUCCCUGAGAUUAGUCCUUGAUCUCAGUGUUUCCCAGGCACAUCUUAAUUUCAUUGUAAAAAGAUAUAUAUAUUUUGUCUAUUUUUGUGCUUUUUUGGGGGUCUAUUUUGUGCUUUUUUACCUUGUGUAGAGAUCUUAUUACAAAGUGAUUUUCUACAUUAAAAAGAGACCGAAAGAAAUUGUAUAGUUACUUAACUAAUGGCAUUACAGAACUCUGGGAUUAUUUUAAGCUUGGAAGGAGCGGCUGGUGUAGUAAUACAACCGUUCAUCUCACUCUCGAUAGUACCCUCUAAUUUGCUGACUUCACAGUGACAUCUGAGAAGAAGCAAUUAGAUGUUUUUAUAUUGAAAUCAUAAACUCUCACCUGCUGCUGCUCCGGGUUACUUUGAAUUUUACCGUGGUAUGGCUUGGCAUUCAUUCUGUUCGGCUUUUGAAUCUCCGUGUCUCCGUAGUACCGUGCACAGGUAAUUACUGUUAUAAAUGAAGAUCAGGAUUUCUGCCUAGAUCUGAUAAAACAUUUUCUUGUUUCCCUAUAAAAAUUCAAAGAAAUGCUUUACAAAGAUGCUUCAUCUGGCUUCUCAGCCAUAACCUGAGACUUGGGAUGAAAUUUAAACCACGAAUAGAAUUUACUUUGCAAAUCAUAAGGCUUUUUAUACUCUUGUUAUCAAAAUGGCUUAUUUUUCAGGCAGUGGGGACUGUUGAGUCAAGAGAAAAGCUUUUCAAAGAGAUAUUGCCUUUCUUCCCCCACAAAGUUAGUUUUUGUUUUCCUCUCUUAGUCCUCAGCAAGCACUGUAUUCAUUACUAAUGAUCUGAAUUAUGAAAUUCAAGUGAGUCUGUGUAUUGUUUACUUAAAUAAGUCUAAGUAUGUGCAAGCAAAUUUCUAACUGCUGGCAAAACUGAAGUUUGCAAUUAAAAUAUUGUAAAGUGUGGUCUUUCACACGUUUAUACCUGCAGUUUAUUUAUCUAUCCAUCCAUCC